AUGAGCUUUUCGCUCACGUUCUCGGAGCUGGUCAACGUGGCCGUCCCGCAGUGUGGCGUGGUGAACUUCAAGGCCCUGCAGCUCCUGCUCCACGGCAUCCUGGAGCAUAUCCACAUGGCCGAGCUCAAGAAGGUCCUCUCGGGAGACGAGGACUUUCUCCAAACCUCGCCGGCCGCGUUCAUGCCCCGGGAAGCAGACGCCCAGCCCAUCGUCCACCCCAUGAAGAGGCUCGACAACAUCUUUGACCACGUGGUGAGCCGCAUCGACAAGAUGGAGAGCCAGCUGGCCACGCUGCAGGACCUGCCCUCCACUUCCCAGCUGUUGGAGGGCAGCCGGGGCCAGGGCCAGCCCGCCCAGGAUCUGUGGCACCUCAUAAAGCUCCGGAAGAUGGUGGAAGGCAAUGAAGAAGCCAUGGCAAAGUCCAUGAAGACCCUGCAGGAUUUGCUCACUGACAUUUAUGCACUCAAGGUCUCCACUGAAACUCUCAGAAAGGAUGUGGACAAACUGAAGGUCAUAUUUGAAAAGAUGCACCCGGAAAGAAUGAAUACUUUCGUGGAGGAUCUGAGGGGACAGAACCAGAAGACCAGGGCCCUGCAGCGGGAAGUGGUUUCUCUCCAGGGCAAGAUGCUCACCAUCCCCAGAUCCGAGGACAUGGUACUCUGGAGCAGCCUCCAUGAGGCCAUGUUCACCCCCGGAACUUUAGCACAGAGAACCAGUUCACUACAGUUUAAGGAUUCAGAGCUGUUGCAGAUUGUCGGUCAGCUCCCAGAGACGGAUCAUUCCCAGACCGCUGAGUACCCUGCUGCUGGUCAUGUCCAGGUCUCAGAGGCCAUCAAGCACCCCAGGUUACUGGAGACCACCUGGCAUUCUGGGAUCCUGGAGCAGCUACAGGACGAGGAAUCUGCCCAAGCUGCUCUACUCGCUGGGGCCCAGGGGCCGGGGCAGCCUCAAGUGCCCGGGCCUGGGUCUGCGCCUGAGCCUAGGCCUGGGCCUGAGCCUGGGCCUGCACCUGAGCCUGGGUCUGCGGCCAAGCCUGGGUCUGCGCCUGAGCCUAGGCCUGGGCCUGAGCCUGGGCCUGGGCCUACACAGAGGCCACAGCCUGAGUCCACGCCUACACUAGGGCCUAUGCUGGAGCCCAGUCUGACACGUGGAUUCACACUAGCACCUUGGCCUGUGUUCAGAUCUGGACCUCACCCUGGACCUUGGCCUGCCCUCGGGCCUGGGGCUGCCCCUGCACUCGGGCCUGGGGCUGCCCCUGGGGCUGCCCCUGCCCCGGGGUUUCAGCCCACACCACCAGGAGGCUGGCCUCUUCCCAGAGGCUUGUCCAGAGCUAGCAAUUGGCCUUUCUUGGCCUCACGCUCCUUGCAGCUUCGCCCAGACACAUCAGGCCUCCUGCCUGCACAGUCCCAGGGCUUCAUGGCACCCCCGCCAGCCACCGAGUUUGGCUCUGCUUGGCCCCAUCCCCUGCAGUCACAGUCCGGCCAGGCACAGGUACAUCCACUGCCAGCUGUCUUAGAAAAUGAAGAAUAUUUAUCCCACAACAUGCCAGCUCCUCAGGCCAGGACCCCCAGGGCUGAAGCCCCCAAGGCAGCACCGCCGAAGUCUCCCCUGUCUGCCCUUCAGCGGUUGAAGACCACCGCUGCCAUUGCAGCUGCCGCCGCCGCAUCCUACGCAGCCGCCGCCUCAUCCGCAGCCCAGAAAGCUGAAGCUGCUGCCAAAGCCAUCAAAAAUGCCCCGGCCACCAAGUUGGCCACUGCAGCAACAUCCAUGGCCGCAUCUGGGCCCUUAGGGGUCUUCGCAGAUACCCUGGGCGCAGGCUCUUCCCGUGGGGCCUUGGCCUCCGUGUCCUUGGCUGAGGACGCUGAGGCGGAAGACUUGCAGGUGUACGGCGAAGACUUCUCUUCCUCAUACCCUGCUGUCAGCGUCUCUUCCGAUAGGAAGCUGUCCCAGGCCAUGCUGGCUGCCCAGAAUGCCGUGACCCCUGAAGACAAGAAGGAGGCCGUCAGGUACUCCAUGAGCCACAUAGCCCAGAUGCCCAUUAGACACGACUCCCUGAAAGAAGAGUUUUUGCAGCUGUCGAACACCCUUCAACGGCGCCUGAGUUUUCUAGCUAAUCAGGGAGACUCUUCGAAGCUCGGCAUGACAGUGGACAUACUGCAGGAAAAGAUUGGGGACCUCCAGAGGUCCAGGGUGAAGGAGGAGGAACUUGAAAAAAUUUGGGGCCACCAAAUAGAGAUAAUAAAGGAUCACCACCUGGUGCUGGACAAGGAAGUGGAAAAGCUCCACAUUCGCCUGGAUGACUUGAAGAUUGUCCAUUCCCAAAUUAAAAACCUCGAAAUGCACAAGGUGGACAAAAGUGUGAUGGAGCAGGAGUUGAAAGAGAAAGCCGAUAGGAGCAUGCUGGCAGGCAAGGCAAACCGAGCUGACCUGGAGACGGUGGUGGUGGAGCUGAAUGAGAUGAUUCAGGGCAUGCUCUUCAGGGUCGUGACCCACGAGGAUGACUGGAAGAAGGCUGCGGAAAAGUUGAGCAAGGACCUGAGCACCAAGCUGGUCCACAGUGAUUUGGAUGAUCUGAAGAAGGAUGUGGAUGAGGUCUGGAAAAUAGUCAGGAAGCUGCUGAUUGAAGGCCUCCGGUUUGACCCUGACAGUGCUGCCGGCUUUAGGAAGAAACUGUUUGAGCGGGUGAAAUGCAUCUCCUGCGACCGGCCCGUAGAGCUGAUGACCGGCCCGCAACUCAUCACCAUCCGCAAAGCCCACCUCCUCUCACGGCUGCGCCCUGCCAGUGCCAACAGCUAUGAGUACCUGCAGCGGCAACAGAUGAGGGAACACCAGCGGCUACAGCAGAUCCAGGAUCUCGAAGGCCAGGACAGGAGUUUGGACGUGCUGGGUCCCCAGAAGGACUGGGGCGAUGGCCCUGGCGGUGCUGCCAGCGUCAAGCUCAAGACCUAUGACUUGUCAACGUUGUACCCCUACGGGGACCCUGAGGUGUUAGACUAUGACACAACCGAGGUGGACAUUCUGGGAGUGGACGGGAUCCUGUACAAGGGCCGAAUGAGCAACCAGGAGGGGGUGCGGCCUUCAACAGGCGUGGAGAAAGAGCGGGCAGCUGUGAAGGUUCCGCACCCCCCAACUCGAAACCUGUAUGAUCGUAAACGCCCAAGUGCCUUGUUUGGUGCCAUCUACCCCUCCCUGCACCCCCGCACGAGUGUGCGCUCAGCUGCCUUGGGCUCCCAGCCUACGAUGCCAGCUCGACCCCCAUCGCUGCCGCCCCUGCCUCUGCUGCCGCCGCUGACGCCAUCCCCGAGGGACCCCCAGCAGGGCCUGGGGCCUGCCCGGCACACACGGCCUCUGCGCCUCGAGUCCCGGGCCACCACGCAGCCCGCCAGCCCGACUGUGUCUAAAUGAGGUCAAGCUUUUCCGGACCCUGAUGACUUACCUGUCCAGGAUGCCUUGGGGGGCACUGGCUGUGCAGUCCUGGACCCUGGACCCACCCCCAUAUCACAGAUGAGUAUCUUUGGCACCUU